UAAAAAAAUUGUAUUAAAUUUAUGUUAUUUUUUGAGAAGUUAUCAAGAAACUUAGACUGAAAUAGUUAGAUUUGAAAUUGCGCAUAUUAAAUUCACAAAUUAAGUGAAUAAUUCAGCAUGGUUGCGAAUUAGGAGGAGCCUCUUGGAUUUGAAUGCAUGGAGGGAUGGAUGGUUUUGAAAGGGUGGAAAAAAUUGGCGAGGGGACUUAUGGAAUUGUCUAUAAAGCAAGAGACAAAUCAACUGGAAAGACAGUAGCCUUAAAGAAGAUACGACUCGAUUCGGAAACUGAUGGUGUUCCUAGCACUGCAAUAAGGGAAAUAGCCUUAUUAAAAGAAGUCUCUCACCCUAAUAUUGUCAGAUUGUUAGAUGUUAUAUACAGUGAUAAGAAGCUUUAUUUGGUUUUCGAGUAUCUGAGCCAAGACUUGAAAAAAUAUAUGGAUACUGCUCCUGCUGGGAGUCUAGAACCAAAACUUGUAAAGAGUUACUUGUAUCAGUUGUUGAGUGGAAUUGCCUAUUGCCAUGCCCAUCGAAUACUCCACAGAGACCUGAAACCACAAAACCUGUUAAUAGAUGUUCAAGGUAAUAUUAAGCUUGCAGACUUUGGGCUUGCUCGAACAUUUGGGGUACCCGUGAGAACAUACACCCAUGAAGUUGUCACAUUAUGGUACAGGUCUCCAGAAAUUCUCUUAGGCUGCAAAUUCUAUUCCUGUUCUGUUGAUAUCUGGAGCAUUGGUUGCAUAUUUGCAGAAAUGGUGACAAGAAAAGCACUUUUUCCUGGUGACUCUGAAAUUGAUCAACUUUUUAGAAUUUUCAGAACACUUGGUACCCCUGAUGAAACUAUAUGGCCUGGUGUUGGGCACCUCAAAGAAUUUAAACAAGAUUUUCCAAAAUGGAAAAGUCAAGAUCUUCAGAAGAUUAUCCCACAGCUUGAUAAAGAUGGAACUGAUUUACUCAUGAAAAUGCUCAUUUACGAGCCAUGUCAAAGGAUAUCUGCAAGAAGUGCACUGAGCGAAGCAUAUUUCAGAGAUUUGUGAGCCUUUCCACUGCCACGAGAAUGCAAAUAUUCUUCCGCAGUUUGGGUAAAGUGAUUGUGUUAGAUUAGUUUAGAUUCUGGCUUCGCCAUUCUGAUUUGUCGUGCAUUGAUUCAAAGCCCUUAUAAAAAAUAUUUUUAAAAGAAAUUUUUGAGCAUAUUUUUUUGUCAACAUUAGUUAAAGGAAAUAGAUCUGCAAAAUCUUACUCUUAGAACAGUACUUUAGGCUAUGUUGGGGAAAGUUAAAUGAAUUGUGCCAGUUCAUCUUUUUCUCUUCUGUUAACAGAUUUUGGUAUUUGUGAGCAAUAUAGAUUUUAAGAUUAACAUUUCUUACAUAUACUUGUCUUUGCAUCAACAAAGUUUCAAAAUUUGUUAAAUAGACAGUGUCCUAAUUGUUAAAAGUGGUGCAUGAUUUUUGUGACGGACUUUGUCAAUCAACGGUUUAAGCCUAUUUGUAAAAGUCUUCCUUCAUGCUCCAAAAACACCUAAACACCUGUUAUCCAUGACUAACAUGUUAUUAAAUUCAAGCUUGUUUUUCAUUAUACGGAAAGUUUAAUGGUUAAUGUUUUGUAGAAAAACUUUUCAUGUUGAGCUGUUGUUUGCCCUCCGUAUGUUUAUUGUGAUGUUUGCAUGUAACAAGUUUGGUAAUUGAUAUUUAUACCAAUGUUCGGUAUUAAAUGUGCUGCCAGAAAUUUAUCUAGAAGUAAUCUUGUUGUAAUUUGCUAUCAACAUGCGUAGUUCAGCUUGAAAUGCAAUAUUUAACCUUGCCGUCGUUUUGGAACUUCUAAAUUCGCCUUGGCAACGUCGUUCAUUUUUUCUUCAGUUAUGACAAGGAAACUGAAAAGUAUUGAAGAGAAUAGCCCUUUCGAUAAAUAAGAAUUAAUAAUGACAGGAUACCUUACCUUUGAUAAAAUGAAAUGAAUUUGUUUGGUCAAGAAAACUAUUUUGCACCCAAGUAAUCAAAGUAAACAAGCUGAAAAUUUGUAUGAUGCCAUUGGAUCGAUAAUUUGUAUAAUUGUUGUAUUGAUAUAAUUUGUAUGAUAUCGUCAGAUAACCCUUUUUAUUUUUGAGCCCCUACAAUCACCCUACCCCACCUGCAAUGGGUAAAUCGAAAUUUAAGCAACAAAUGGUUCGAGCAAUUAUUGUCAAGAAAUGAUUGUUUUUGACAGAUGACACUAGGCUGCUUUCUUUCGCUUUGUUACAUUAACAUCUUUCUGUGUAAAUAACUAUUUGAAUAAAUUAUAUAUUCACAAAUGAUGCA